CAGAAUAGUAUUUGCAAAUUGUCUAGAAGUGAGGUGGAGAUUAUGAGGGCUUGGCGCAGUGGUGGAGUUCCGAGAGCUGACGUGCCUAGUGUGACCAAGCAGUCGAUCUGGAUCAGGCGCCGUAAGACUGACCCACGUAGAUUACCAAAUCCUAGCUCUGAGAACGAACCGUGGUUUAUAACUUGACAGUGGAGUGGAUCAAGCUUAACUACGAAGUCCGAAUGACCGAGCACUCGCUAUUCCAACGGCGGCGAAAGCGGGGUGUAACUAAUGCAAAGUAGACAGAUAUAUAGAAUCAGCAAGUGGCCGGUCCAAGCAUCAACAUAUCCGUCCUCACCUACAGUACCAAGUUGUACAACACACACAACGAACACAAUGUCAGCUAUUUCCACCAAGGAUCUCAAGAUCAUCGUCACUGGCUUGACUGUCCACGCCGACAUCCCGGCCUACUUUCGCGAGCUAUACGGCACGCCCCAGCAGAUCCAAUCUGCCAUCGACCUCGACGAGCAACGCAUCCGCGAAGCGGGUGUCGAUGUCACUUCCUACCAGAUCGACGACGCCGAUACUGCAGGUGGCCUACAGUGGCUAGACAACAAACUCCGUUCUGAGAAAUUCGACGGCAUCAUCCUCGGUUCAGGCCUGCGGCUUAUUCCAACUCAGACGGAGCUGUUUGAGAACGCGGUGAAUGUCUGCAGGAGGGCGAACCCGGAUGUCCGGCUCAUGUUCAAUGCGGGGCCAGGAACGAACUGGGACACAUUGCAGAGGAACUUGGAGAAUUUGAAGUGAGCUUUUUGAAGCUGCCGCUGUUGAAAAGGGUGUCCUGUAGUUGAAGGGGUUGAGGUCAAGAACGACCACAACGAUCUGUGCAUCUCGGUUUAUGACCAACAGUGGCUCGAAUGUAACCACUACGUCCGGCCAGGAGGUCUAGAUUAGCUGCAGUGAAUAGAAUUAUUUGCCAUGGCUCAACGCCUGUCAUGUUUUGCACAAAUCCCAUCACCAGUUAGCUGUCUCCUGUCUAUUGUGACGUUUGCAGACUUUUGCUCGCUUGCAUGUGGUCGUCUGCCCAAGGAGACUGGCACUCGUUGAAUCGACCGCUCCGAUGUGUUUGAAUGUCACUCUCUGGCUGCGCUGAAGAGCGGGAAGAGGUUCCCAACCAACCUGUCAGGCUUCCACAACAUAUUGAGAGAUCGUGUUCGAAUUGCUGAGGCUGACA